AUGCCUUCUAUUGCUUCUCCCCCUGAUUAUUUUGGUCCUUCUCUUUCUCCUGCUCCUUUUUCUGCUCCUUCUCCGGAACCUUUUCCUUUUUCUGAACCUUCUGAUGUCUCUCCUGAUAUUCCUAUUCUUGUUGGCGGGAUUGUUGCUAUUGUUGGUGCUAUUGUUAUUCUAGUUGUUUUCAUGGUAAAAUGUAAAUGCUGGGCAUUAUCCACAAAAAAGGAUGAGGAUAAAUUAUUAGAGGAUGACGAUUCGGAACAGAUUAUUCCCCUUGAUCAGAUUAUUCCCCCUGCCAUUGUCCAAUUCCUCGAUGACAUGGAAAGGGAAAAGCCCAUUCGGUUCACUUCUCAACAAGUAAGAAUAGCAACAGGUAGCUUCUGCAGCAUAUUGGGUUCUGGUGGGUUCGGGAUAGUUUAUAAGGGAAUUAUGAGCAUCAACAAGUAUGUAGCAGUGAAAGUACUAAACGGCACCUCUAACAAACGAAUUGAAGAACAAUUCAUGGCAGAAGUGAGCACUAUUGGAAGAAUUCAUCACCAUAAUCUUGUUAGGCUUUAUAGGUUUUGCUUUGAACCAAGUUUAAUAGCUCUUGUAUACGAGUUCAUGGUUAACGGCUCAUUGGAUAAGCAUUUGUUUAAAGCAAACCAAGGGGAAAUGAUAGGGUUUGACAAGCUUCACGAGAUUGCGUUGGGAACUGCAAGAGGCAUCAGAUACUUGCACGAAGAAUGUGCUCAUAAAAUAAUUCACCAUGAUAUUAAGCCAGGAAACAUAUUACUGGAUUCAAAUUUUUGUGCAAAAGUAGCUGAUUUCGGUUUGGCCAAACUUUGCAAUAGGGAGAAGACCCAUAUAACCAUGACGGGGGGACGAGGUACCCCGGGCUACGCUGCUCCUGAGCUCUGGAUGCCUCUUCUAGUUACACACAAAUGUGAUGUUUAUAGUUUCGGGAUGCUACUAUUUGAGAUCAUUGGGAGGAGGAGGAACAUGGACACUACUCUUGGUGAUAGUCAACAGUGGUUCCCCAUAUGGGCAUGGGAAAUAUAUGAAAAGAAUCAACUGAAAGAGUUAAUGAUAGAUUGUGAGAUUGAAGAAAAGGAUCUUGAAGUGGUGGAGAGGAUGUUAAAGGUGGCUCUUUGUUGUUGUCAAUAUAGGCCGGAGAAUAGGCCAAUGAUGAGCGUCAUUGUUAAAAUGUUGGAAGGUUUGUUAGAGGUGCCCGAGCCUUUAAAUCCCUUUACACAUUUGUUCUCAGGGAGUAACCAACCUAAUGUUUCUGCGACUCGAAUGUCUUGGAAUGUCAGUGGUUCAACUUGGUCUUCCUCUGUAUAA